CUAAGUCAGGUUAAAAUUUUAACGGUAGUUUGAUAAGGUGUAGUGAAAAUUUAUUCCUCAGGAUUAAUUAAAACUGUAUUAAUCCCUAUUACAUUUUAAAACGUGUUUCCAUAUAAUAAGAAAGGAUGUAAUUUUUAUAUUAAAACUUCAAAAUGUGAUUGUUAAUUUGGAAUAAAAUGAAAAUGACGCUUAAUGUGAAAAAAGUGAGAAUUCUAACCAAAUCUUUUGGGGAAAUAUAGGAUCAGAGAACAAUGAAUGGUUUGAAUAACAGUGGUCAGAUGGGCCCUCCUAAAGGGACGAAUAUACCUAGACUAACUAUCCAAGCUGACACACCUGUUCCUUCUUCUAACAGUAAUACUCCUGUUCCAGCUUUAAAUCUACAGCAAGACAAAACUAGUAUAGCAUUGCCAGCACUAUCUUCCAACAGAAAUGUCAUCAACUCCGGAAAACCUACUCAAAACGGCACUACGCACAUGUUUUCUCGCAAAUCAUGUCCACCAGGCAGCUUCUUUAAUAAUCAGAGACAGCUUAAAUCAGACUUGAAUGGCAGUAAUCUUGGACCUAUGUGCUUUAGUUUGAAUCCCAGAAACAGAGAUGGAGGAAAUUUCAGUCACAAUGUCAACGCAUUCAACACAACAAACAAUCAAAACAACACUCUUUUACGCCCUACGAGUAGAAUGGAAAAUGCCACGCCUACACCAAGUGACAUCUCUAGUAUUAGCUGUACACCACGCAACGGACCACAGACUCCGAGACAAACAGAUCGAGCACAGACACCAUUAAAUAAUGAAAAAGAACAUGUUUUUCUGGAACCCUUCCCAGUCAAGCAAGAGUGGAAUCCAUAUAAACCACUACCACAGGUUCACAAUGGACAUAAUCACCAUGGCAACACUAAUGGCCAUAGUAACAAUUCCAAUGGAUCUGUAUCUGGAAGUGAAUUUUCCCACGGUGUUACAGGAAGUGCAACUUGUUCCCUGUCCCCAUUCCAAAACAUGGAUUCGUCUCCGUCAAAUUCAUUAUACACAGCAAGUCCACGGCACUCAGCUGUGAGAACACACGGACAGAAAAGAGCAUUAUCAAUCUCACCAAUUGGGCCUGAUGGUGUUGACUUAUAUUCUUUGAUUAGAACGUCACCAACAUCACUUGUAGCCUAUAUUAAUGGCUCACGUAGCUCUUCAACAAGUGCUUCCCCACAGCCAAUAAAUCACCAUGGCAACUUUGGACAUGCCAUUGCAAGCAAGAUGCACAGAUGUGGCUCAUCAACAACUCAUUCCGGUCAUUCCGGUAAUUCUAGACAGAGAAUGUCACUCCAUAGUGGUGGUUCUUUCAAAAGAGAACCAGAAUUUGGAUUACAUGAGAAUUUGUCUGACAUGUUUUCCGAUAUUGUCAGCAAUCAGAUAGUUGUACAACAGAGCGAUAUUCCUAUGGUUGAACAGAAGGCUUUCAGUGAUAUGCAAAAUUAUGGAGCCCCACAAUUCAACAAUUUUAUGUCCAUGGGACCACAACAGCAACACAACAUUCCAACAAGUAUGGGAGGAAAUAUGUCUAUGAGACCUCCGCCAUCUUAUGACCAGGCUAUUAUCCAAGGUCAAAACCCUAUGCAGCCACAACAACAGCAAAUGAUGCAGACGCAAAAUCAGAGGCCAUCAUUACCUCUACAACAGCAACAGAAUUUCCCUCAGAACAUUCCUCAACCUCAUGUUGACAGUAAUAAUACAAAUAAUGUUAUAAACAAUAAUAAUAUGAUUAAUGAUCAAAACUAUCAGAACAAUAAUGUUGAAGAUGGAGAUCUUGAUGAAAAUGGUGAGAAACAAAAUAUAUGUCGCUGGAUCGACUGUAAUCAAAUUUUCAAAGAACAAGAUGAACUUGUACGUCAUUUAGAAAAAGCCCACAUUGAUCAGCGAAAAGGAGAAGACUUCACAUGUUUUUGGGCUGGUUGUCAAAGACGAUAUAAACCUUUUAAUGCCAGAUACAAAUUACUUAUACACAUGCGUGUACAUUCAGGGGAAAAACCAAAUAAAUGUACUUUUGAAGGUUGUGAUAAGGCAUUUUCACGUCUUGAGAACCUAAAGAUUCACUUGAGAUCUCAUACUGGGGAGAGGCCAUAUUUAUGUACACAUGCAGGCUGUACUAAAGCAUUCAGUAAUUCUUCUGACAGAGCCAAACAUCAACGAACUCAUUUGGAUACGAAACCCUAUGCUUGUUCAGUGCCAGGAUGCAACAAACGUUACACAGAUCCUAGUUCACUACGCAAACAUGUCAAAAAUCACAACCAGAAAGACCCACAACAGAAAAAGAAGAUGAAAAAGGAAGGUGAAACUUUAGGUGGUGGUGAUUUAUUGAACAAUUGUCUCUCAGUGCAACAGCUGCAUAUGGAGUCUGCACCACAGAACCAUGAAAACCAAGAGAAUAUGAUCCGAGGACCUGUCACUGGACCAACUACUGAUCUUUAUUCUGUUGGAGCGAAUUAUCAGAGCCAUCAGCAUGCUGCAGCUUCCCCAGCACCAAGUGCCAUGCAACAGGGAAGUCCAAUGCCAAGUACAAAUAUAAAUAUGGAAGAAGAACAGUUUGGUACUUUCAACACAACACUUCCACAAAAUUUCAACAGACGUAAUAUCCCAAUGAACAUGCGCACUGGGAUGCAACCAGGAAUGCGUCCAAAUAUGCAGACUGCACCAUACCAGCAAGGGUAUGAGACAUACCUACAGAGCAUGAACCAGAUGCCAGGAUUUGCAGAUGGAGAAAAUGGCCAGUUUAAUUUUCGCAAUAAUGCCUUUGAUCCAAGUAUGGUGACAGACAUGCAGGCUAUGCAGAGAAAUUAUCCAGGUUUAGAAGGCAUCCAUCAAGAUUUUGAGAACAUGCAAUUUGCUGAGGAAUUAACACAACACCAACAGAUAACUCAGCAGUAUCUUCAGCAUACGGCUAUUGAUCGUUGCAACAGUCGAAUGUCUGCUGCUAUCUACGCAGAUGGUACUACUUGAUACAACUAAAAAUAAUCAGACUUUUUAGCUUAGAUAGAAAUUGUACGCAACACCAAAACUGUUGUUGCUGUACAACCACAAUAUAUUGAUUUGUAAUGAUUGUACAAUAUUGAACUGUGAUAUAAAAAUUAUAUACAGAAUCAUAACAAAAAUUAUCACUACGUAGAACACACACUAUCAUGUAUUUAUUACCACAUUUAAAAACAUUGUAUAACGGGCAAAAUCGUAAGCCAGUCGUGAAAAGUAUAUAGACUCAGAUUGAUGUUUUGAUUUUAUAAUCUGAGAUAUUAUAAUGUUUGUUUGAUUUAAUUGUUUUAUAUUAUUUAAUUAUUUAAUAAAUGUUAAGCUAUUUUUUUGUUGAUAAUGGUUGUGAUUAUGGAUUAUCUGUCCCUGUUUGACAUUCCUAAUGUAUAAUUUUCAUCAUUGAAAUAUAUUUUUGUUAUAAUCAUGGUUUGCUGUGUGAAAAAAUGUAUCAUUGUGCCAUGUAAAAAUAAUCAAAAUAUGUUAAGUUUAGCAUAUUAUUAUAUAUUUUAGUAUAUGUCAGGUUUCAUGCAUAUUUUGAAAUGAAAUUGAAAAUUUUAUAAGCUUUUGCAAGUCGCUUGUGGACUUUUUAAGAAGGGGCUAGAUUUUGACCUUGUAUUUGACACAUGUGCUACCCUUUUGUAUGUGUUUGUCUUUCCUUAAGUGCUACUGUCAUUUAAUGUAAUGAUUGCCAAAUACUUGUUGAUUUUUAAAGUAGUUUAUGUUACUUAUACAUAUUAAUUGGUCUUAUUUAACGUAAUAUUUGAAAUGACUAACACCCAACAUAUCUUGAAAAUGUCUUAUUUAUAAAACUCACAUUUAAAGUAAUAGUAAGCUACAAUUUUGAUAGUUUUAAGAAAGAUUGAAAGCAGCUAAGAUCAAAGAUAUGUACUAAAAUUUCACAAUAAGAACACUGAAAUGAUAACUUUUUAUCCCCUGAAAGUUCAUACUUUAGUUACUAUGCUUAUAUAUCAUAAAAAUCGUAGCUUUUAUUUGUUUUUGUCUGUGGUCAAGUCUUCUCUUACAUUCUUUUCUAACAUUCCAUCUUUAGAACAAGACUUGAGUUUUAUAAGUCAUUAAAUGUCUAUUUUCAUUUUAACUAAAAUUAUAAGUCCAACUGAUCAUUAUAAAAAGGACUUAGAUGCUAUAAAUAAUUCUAUUUAGUCUUGAUAAGACUAAAAAAAAUCUGACUUCACUAUAAACAUGUUUUCGUUCAUGUGUUUAUUGUCAGUUUCUGAAAAUUUCCUGUUAAAAGAGAAUGUACAAAUAGUGCUUAUGUUUCAUUCUGUGAUGAGUAUCCUGACAUAAUAUGGUACUUUUGUUUGGUGCCGAUAACAGUGAAUUAAUAUUUAUGCUAUUCCAGGUUGUUUUUUUGUUUGUUUGUUUAAAAAUCAUGAAAUGUUAUCUGUUAUUCAUGCCACCUGUGAUUGUAAGGGCUGUUCCAUUAUAAUGAGUGCACCAGGAUCAGAAGCUUUAUUCCCCUUUCAAGCAUAAAUAUGGAAUGAUCCAUUUAAGAAAAAUUAGGGACCCUGGUACAUUCAUUGAAAUGGAAUAUAUUCCUUAAAGAGUUUUCAGUAUUUAGUAAUUUGUUAUAAAAUAGAGUUCCUUGAAAUAUUCAAUCAAAUAUUAACAUCAUCAUUGUUUUUUAAAAUGAGAUACACAUUUUUAGAUAUAUGUAAAGCAUUGUUUCUUUGACAUUGUCACCUUUCCAGUAAGGUACAUAUGUUUUUAUCGUGUGCAGUUUUGAAUACUGAUAUAUUUUUUUUAUCAGUUAAGAGAUUUUUGUAUAUCAUUAAGUUUUUUUUUAUGAUAUAACCAAGUAGAAUUUGAAUAAGCUAAAAUCGUGAAAAAAUAGAACUUUAAAAUUGGAUCCAUUACUUUUCUGUUAUUUUUGUAAAAACAUUAUAUGAAGUUGUAAGGAUUACAAAAUAGUGCUAUAUGAUGAUUGUAUUUUAAUUUUAUUGCACCUGCAGUACAAAAAGAAUGAAAUCCAAAUUCUCCAACAGUAUUGAAAACCCGUCCUAAAUUUUGUAUGCUUAACGUGUUGUUUAUAUAUAUCCGUCCAAUUGUUUGUACAUUUGUAUAUAAACAUAUUUAUAAUCGUACCAGCUGUCUCUAUCAGAAACUUUUUCCUUUUGCUUUUGGAUGUUUUUUGUUUAUAGUUAUCUUUUGUUUCAAUAUUUUUUUUUUUUUUUAAUUCUAAAAUAAAUAUUUGUUUUGACAAAGAUGAAACUUCUUGAGCUGUAUAAAGUGUCUUGUCUGUUCUGAUAUUACUGCACUGUUUGUUUCUGUUUAAUGGUUUUUAUCAUGAGUUUUAUGUUGGAACUUAUUUCUGAAGGAAGUGAUUUACCAUAAAGGUUAUAUGCCAAGUUGGACUCUUUCUUACCUAAAAAUACAAUUUCGACAUGAAGAAAGAUCCAUAGACAUAUUUGGCAGACUUUUCUAACAAACUCAAUGUAAUUCAUUUUCCAUGAUUUUUGGAUCAUGAUUUUUUUUAAAUUCAUCAUUUCUAUUCUACAUUUUCUUUAGUUGUCUACAUUCAAAGAUCAAAAUUUCAUUUCAUAAAUGUAAUCAGUUUAGGAGAAUUUUUUGACAAAUACCCUUUUGGGUAUAACAAAUCCGUCCACUUAGUCUAUUUUUGCACACAUUAUAUAUCAUCAUGAAUUUUAAAACUUAGGGCCAAGUAUAUAUAUCUAAUUGCUUUUAGUAACAUCAUUGCAAGGUGUCAAGUAGUUUCAUCUUUGUCAGUAAAUGUUUUAUUAUCGUCAUUAUCAUAUUCUAUGUACACAUUUGUUGAAAUCAUCUGUUUUACACAUACAAAAAAAAAAUAGACCCAAGUACCUUUUAAGGCAACUGAAUUAAUGAAUCUAUCUCCUUUUGAGUAUCAUAGUUUGAGCUGUUUCAUUGUUUAAUUGUUUAUAUAUCCUGUUUUAAAGGAAAGUCUCUUUGGCUGUCCAUAGUUUUACAUUUUAAAUGCUGUGUUUGCAGUUUAUAUUUUAAAAAUUUGAUGCUGAGCACCAUUAUCAGUUACUGUGCUCUUGAAAAUGAAUUGGUUUUGUUGACCAAUGCUUUUUCACUAUUUUGACUUAUUCAGAGAGUGCAAUCAUCCAUUUAUGAUGUUUUGUAAAUAAGUUUGAAAUUUUUACUCGAAUAGCAUGGAUCAUUCUUCAGUUUAAAAUAUAUUAGAAUCUCUGAUUGAAAACAGCAAAGAAAAGUUAUUGAAAUAUCUGACAAUCAGUUUGACAACACCAUAAACAUGGAGAUGUUUUUAGAAUUGUUUUUGUAGACAGAAAGCUGAUUUAAUAGUUAAUUGAUAUUAUAGAUUAGGAUUUUUUUACGACACUGAAUGAUCCAUGCAUCGAAUGAACUAUAUUUACAACUUAUAGUUGUAAGUAAAAAAAGUAUUUUUUUCUUUUUUUGUUUAUUUGUGAUAACAGUUCUUGAAUUCGGCAUAAGUAUAUACACAUUUUACACUCAUAUGAACAUUUAAUACACCAGCAAUUUCUUUAGUAUGCUUGCAUGAAAUAGAGCUAAUAAGUAUAUUUUCAGUUAGAGAUAGCAAAAAAAAACUUUAAUUAGAAAAAAAGUUUACAUUUUAUUGUUUCAGCAAACCACUACGAAAUUAUUUUAAAAAAAAAUUGUCAAGAAAAUUUUAGAUUUAUUUAAAUAAUUUGAAUAAAUAAUAAAAAAAAAAUCUUUUAUGAUUUCUGACAGAUAUACACAAAAAAUUAGCAAUUUACAAACUGAUAAUUCAGUUAUGUUUACUUAUAAGUAAUUUGUUUAAUGUCUUUCACAGCAAAUAAUUGUAAUUUGGAAUAUUCGUCAAAUUCUACAGCAUAGUUUUUUGUGAAUUCAGCAAAGAAAACUUCAGCAAAGUGCCUUAUAUUGUUCUUGUGCAACACUUCUUUCUUACUGUAUAAAGGCUGUGUAUCAACAUUUGUUAAUCGUUGUUCAAUAAAUGGUCUUGGAAAAA